CAUACUGGCAACACCAGAGUCUUAAUGCCAACCUUCAAACUGAAGCGAACUUCCUUUUUCUCGUGUUCUUUUGACAACACGAGGUUAUAGUAGCUAUUUGGCUUUAAAAAGCUAAUACAAUGGCUGAAGAAAACUGGAAUGACGAAAAUGCUGAGGCGGGCAGCAUGGCUGUCGACAGCAUGCCUUUACCGCAGGCCGCUGACAUUCCCGAAAUCAAGCUUUUCGGGAGAUGGAGCUGUUAUGAUGUUCAGGUGUCUGACAUGUCCCUGCAGGACUACAUUUCAGUCAAGGAGAAGUACGCGAAAUACUUGCCUCACUCUGCCGGCAGGUAUGCUCACAAGCGUUUCCGAAAGGCCCAGUGCCCCAUUGUUGAGCGCUUGACAAACUCUCUGAUGAUGCACGGACGUAACAACGGCAAGAAACUUAUGGCCGUCCGUAUUGUUAAACACGCAUUUGAAAUCAUCCACCUUCUAACUGGCGAGAACCCCCUGCAAGUGCUCGUGACAGCUAUCAUCAACUCUGGACCCCGUGAAGACUCCACUAGGAUCGGUCGUGCCGGUACAGUGCGUCGUCAGGCUGUGGAUGUGUCUCCCCUGCGCCGUGUGAACCAGGCUAUCUGGUUAUUGUGCACUGGUGCCCGAGAGGCUGCAUUCAGGAACAUCAAGACCAUUGCUGAGUGUGUUGCUGACGAGCUCAUCAACGCUGCUAAGGGUUCAUCAAACUCUUACGCCAUCAAGAAGAAGGAUGAGUUGGAGCGUGUUGCUAAGUCCAACCGUUAAAACUUUUAUUUUAAGAUAUCUCUCAAUAAAAAAAGUCAGAAAAA